UUUGAUAACUCCUAAUAAGGUAAGCUAAAUCUAACUCUAUUUCAGACUCAUUAGGUUUGCUUAUCAAGAACGGUAUUUUGCACAGUUUCUUAUUUUAUUUAAAGGUGCGGUGUUUAUUGUGCUCCAGGGAGUUGGGGUACAAUAACAACACCUCAUCCAUGCUAAGGCAUUACCGUGCCUUGCAUGAGAAUAAGGAGGAAACUGGAGCUUCACCCAGCCAUGCCACCAGAAAACAAGAGCUGGAUGAAGCCCUCGUCUCCAUGAUAGUGAAGGACACACAGCCUUUCACUGUUGUGGAUGAUGUUGGAUUCAGGGCAUUUGUGUCCAAACUGGAUCCUAAUUAUGUUAUCCCUACAAGGCAGGCUCUGAAGGCCAUGGUGGAGGCCAAGUAUGAGUUGGCUAAGGAGAAGGCUAAGGCUAAAAUGGAAACGGUGGUUGCUGUUAGCCUUACGUCUGACAUGUGGACAUCCAUCAAUAUGGAUGCCUACCUGGCAGUAACAUGCCAUUUUGUGGGUGAGAAUACCAAGCUCAGUUCAGUGCUGUUAGGAGUGCAGGCAUUCCCCCAAUCACACACUGCUGAAAAUAUAGCUUGUGUGAAAGCCUCCUUGAUGGAGGAAUGGGGAAUCACUAAUAAGGUGACAUUUAUAUAG